AUGAAAGGGGUCCUGCAGAAGGUGCCGAAGAAUAAGAGAAGAGGAAAUACAAGACUCGACCCUUCGGAUCGCAGCAAGGUCCCCAGUCGCGCAUCUGGCACCGACCCUGCUUUACUGUAUCGAAGCCAGGCGGAAAACCUUGUUGGCCUCGCUUGGCGUUGCGCGCGGCUUCGCUUCGACGCGAUCGUGGCUUCAAGCAAGGGCGCAGGCAACGCUCGAUCGGUCCGCUGCAAGAUGCUUGUCAGUCGCCAUACGCGACCUGUGCUCCCCCACGUUCCUCGGCCUGUUGGGCCUGGAGAGCGCGAAGCUCUAAAACUUGAACUCAAAGGACGCAAGACGGUGGUAGUGCUGUCGCCACAACAGGAACAGCAAUCAGCGCUCCCAAGCCUGUCUGCGGCGACUGCUCAGACGCGCACUUCCGACCGAACCCUGCCCGCCAAGCCAUAUCCAAGCAUUCUUCUUCGCGCCCCCGCCUUCUCCGCUCGCUACCAACAGCGUGCUUCCGUGUCGCCGGAUCGACCUGCCCGCGACGAUCCCGAACCAUCGCACGCCUGCUCUCGCCUCAGCUCAAAAAUCCUGGCCGCAGUCGUACCUAAUCCUUCCAUCGUCAAGGUCUCGUCCUACGAGAUCCCGCUCACCGACUCCAUCACGGCACCGUCGUUACGAAUCCGCAACUAG